UCUUCUCUCUCCUUCCAACUUCAAUGGCCAAACCCGAUAAGAGAACCCGAGAGCGAACCGGAUCUUCUCCGUCGUGUUUCCUCGGCUGUUUUCGAUUUUCCCGGAAAAAGUUCUCCGAGAAACCAAUCGUGUCUCCGGAAGGCGGCGAGAGGAAGAGGAAGAAGAAGAAAAACCGGUGGUUUUCUUGGUCAAGAUUCCGGCUAAAGAACGGUGAAGUCAAUCCUUCUCCGAUCUACGAGACUGAGAAAACGAAUUUGAAUUCGAAUGCGAAGAAAGAAUCUGACAAGUCGAGAUCUGUUCCGGUGAUAAGCCAUGUGACUGAUCAGAGGAAUAGUCGGGCUGAUGAUAAGGCUGCGAAACUUGAAACUGAAGAGAGCUUUCCUUCUUUUCCAAACCCUAGAAUUCUCGACGAUGAGGGUUCUGAUCUCCGGCGCGAAGAUGCUGUGGACUACGUCAUCGAUGGCCCCGAUGAUGACUGCCACUGCGCAAGAGCCUACAAUCUGAUUCGGAUGGUUAUACAGCACUCUUCGCGCGGCGAGAGAGCCUACGAUGUCUUCUCUGGGCUGCUCGAGGACCGUAUAAUCUGCAUCAAUGGUCCUAUCAGCGACAACACGUUUCACGUAUUUUUCGCUCAGCUACUCUUCUCCUCGAGUCCGAGAACCCUUCUAAGCGUAUCCAUAUGCACCUCAAUCCGUCUGGUGGCAGUGUCACCUCAGGCUGCUGCAUCCAUGAUUUCUCUCCUCUUGGCAGCUGGUGCCACAGUGCAUAGACGGUCUCGCCCUAAUCCAACCAUUAUGAUUCAUCAACCUUCAGGGGGAUAUAGUGGGCAGGGAGUUCGAGAAACCAUUGUUUCUGCUUCUGUAGCGAAGGGGCUAAAGACAGAGCCAUCAUAUCACAUGGCCAAAAGAUGGAUGCCUAACAAAGGAGGGAAAAUAAGAUUGUUGACAUGCUUUUGUUUUCACCUAUAUGUAAAAAUUAUUUCUGUGUAUUUCACUGACAAUUAUAUAAAAUAUGCAUGCACUACUUAUAAAAAAAAACACAUAAUGUGUAAGAUGAAGUGUGUUGCUUUGAUUGUGUGGUUAAAGCUUGGUUUGUUUGUGACUCUUGAGAAGUUUUAAUUGUUUAAAUCAACAAGGGAUUUGAUGAGGUAUUGGUGAUUAGAUUAAA